CCUACAGAGGUAAUGUAAACAAGGCGGCGAAAAUGACGGGGUGUCAGCAGGUUUGAGGUUAUCAUGGAUUUCCAAACUCUGUUUUUUCUGAUGUUCCUGAUUCCUGUUGUCAGUUGCUUAGACAAUGGUUUGGCAUUGACUCCUCCCAUGGGCUGGAUGCAGUGGGAAAGAUUUAGAUGUAAUUUGGACUGUAAGAAUGACCCAGAGAACUGCAUCAGUGAAAAAUUGAUUAUGGAUAUGGCAAACAGAAUGGAAAAGGAUGGCUAUAAAGAGGCUGGCUAUACCUAUAUCUCACUUGAUGACUGUUGGAUGAGUAUGGAGCGUGACUCUCAGGGAAUCUUACAACCUGAUAAGGAUCGGUUCCCACAUGGAAUUAAAUACCUGGCUGAUUAUGUCCAUUCUAAAGGUUUGAAGCUGGGGAUCUAUUUGGACAUGGGUUUGAAAACUUGUAAGGGGUAUCCAGGUAGUAAGUUCUACAUCCAGAGGGAUGUUCUCAGUCUCAAUGAGUGGGGAAUCGACAUGCUUAAGAUGGACUGUUGUGGUGGUGGAUCUGAUAUGGUGACAGGAUAUGAAGUGAUGGGAUUUUUCCUAAACCAAACUGGCAGACAUAUCGCAUUCUCUUGUAGCUAUCCGGCUUGUAUUGGAAAUCUGUUUUCUGAUUAUGCGGGAGUGGCUCAAUUGUGUAACUCCUGGAGGAAUGCCAUUGAUAUUACCGACAGCUGGGAUCGAGUUUAUAAAGUGGUACAGUUCUACAGUUUAAACUUUUACAACUUCUCCGGGUUUGCUGGCCCUGGACACUGGAAUGACCCUGAUGAGUUGAUUGUUGGAGACUACAGUCUAAGCGAUGGCCAGGAAAGGUCACAGUUCGGUAUGUGGGCCAUGUUUGCUUCGCCGUUGUUCAUGUCUGUGGACCUGAGGGAUAUAAAAACAUCAUCACGGAACCUCCUACUUAACAAGCGUGUCAUUGCCAUCAAUCAGGACCCGCUAGGUGUACAGGCACAGAUUGUGUGGCAGCAUCCGUGGACUGAUCAAGGAAUGGUUUCAGGCUGGGUCAAACCUCUCAUGAAGAAAGGAAGCUAUGCUAUUGCUAUCCUAAAUGGAUCUUCUUACGGAAUGCCUGCUCCGAUCAACAUCACACUGGAAGAUUUUGGUCUGACCAGUGAAGGUGGUUACAACCUUACAGAGACAUUUGAAGGGAGAUUCCUUGGUCCUUACAAACUUAAAGAACCAAUCCUACUAAAGAUACAUGCUCAUGAUACUUUUCUUGCUACCGUUGUUCCACUAUGAUGAAAGUGUGCAUUUUGACCAGCUCAUCAUACCAUGUACUGAUUUUAUUGUAUACACACGAUCUUUCUGUAUCCAAGACAAUCAGUUUUAGAAGGGAUGCCUUUAAGCUAUGAUUCUAAUGAUAAUUUGUUUAUGUAAAAAAUCAAAAUGGCAGUGGUAGUAAUUCAUCACUGACAAUAACCUGGUUUGAUGAAGUUAAUAUAGCUGUUCCUUUGAAUGCUUACAAUGUAGAUUGCUUUAGUGGCAGAAGUCAGUUCUAAAUCUGUGUUACAAACUUUGAGUGUUGUUUGUAAGCUGUGCCUCUGUGUUAGCAUCCAAGUAUAUACCAUUGUCGUAUUUAUUCUGUUGAAAGCCCAGGGGGCUCAACACAAACACAAAGUAGACUUUGGACAUGUGUAAGCAGUAACUGCAAUAGACUAAUUACCUGGCAUGCACUUAUUGCUGGAAAAAAUGCAACGUAUAUACAUGUAGUUACAUGUCAUGAUGUGAUGAUCUGCCUGCUUGUAGUGUAGUUACCAUAAAUAAUCUAGUCAGAUUUACGUGAUCCGGUUUUCUGUUGGUACUUAGUAAUUGCAAACAUUAUUAUUAUAAUUGUCAAUGAUCUCUUGCAGUUUUGAUAUGUUGUCAUGAUGUGACAUUUUUAUUCGGAUAUCGAUGCAUGAUCUGAUCAUCACAGCUUCCGUUGUUAUACAUAUUGAUGAGUCACUGUGGUUGUAAACUCUAUGAACAUCUAAGCCAGCUUUGCAGUUCUGAUAUGGAAAUAUUUUGCCAUGAGAAAUUGAUGCUUUUGAGAAAAGAUUAACAAACAAUUUGCUGCUUUAUAUAAUUUUAUACAAAGUGAUAUAUGUAAUUUGGAACAGUUAUAAAGCAGUAGGGUAGAUCUGAUUUUAGUGUUAAAGUGUAUAAUGAGAUUAUGAUUUACAGCUCUUUUCUUACAUAUAGUUUAAUUUCAAUAUGUUAUUCAUAGAACACUAUACAUUUUGUAUUCUAUGUUGAAGGAUUUUCUGUUUAGGAUUUUCUGUUUAUAGAUGAGUAUUCUUUUUAUUAGCUUUCAACAUGGGUUUUUCCAAUGAGAUUUUUCAAUCAAAGGUAUUUCUAAGCCAUAGUAGAUACAUUAUACAUGUAUAAAGAUUACAAAGGAGAGCUUAUUCUUUAAAGGAAUUGAAGUAGCUUUUUUCCUCAAAAUUAUCCUCAAAAUUACCACAGCAUUUAUUUUACCAGUAUGGAAGAAGUGGUAUUGUACAUCUCUAUAAUCCAAACGAGGAAAUGACAUUCUGCAUAUUUAAUAUGUAAGAAUGACCAUUCCUUCCCAGUUCUCUUCUCUGUUUGUUACAUCACAGGCAUCUGAUUCUGGUCAGUAUUUAAAGAAAAAGAUAUUAAUAUAUCAACAAAGUGUAACACUGAAAAGUCGGAAGUGGGAGGGAGGGGGGCACCUUAAAUUUAAGUUCAGUCAGACUAGAAUAUCAAAAGGACACAACUUUAGUAACAUACCUUGGUUUAUAAUCUUAAAAUAUCAAAGAAUGUUAUAGCCAACAGUGCAUCGACUGUGGAAGUAGGCUAUCUAUUUUAGAGUUGAGUGCAAUAUGAUUGGUCGACAGCUCUGCAAACAAUACUAACUAUAAUUGGCAGCCAAUCAAUAACCUACGUCCGUUUCACAGUCAAUACAUCUUCUGAUUACACCUUGUUGAAAUACUAAACAGAUACAGAUGCCGGUGGUUAUCUACUGUAAUGUAGCUUUUUAAAAGCCUUCGGUGUUGGACUGUUUAUUGUGAUGUUUUUCUAGGAGAUAAAACAUAAUUUGUAUUGUCAGGAACAAUUUUAUCUUAAAUGGAAAUAAUGACACUUUUAAUUAAUGUAUAAUUAAUAUAUAUAUAUAUGUGUGUGUGUAUAAUGCAUAAUCAUGUUUAUAUCAAGGUGCUUUUGUUUUUAUAAAUGUUCAUAUUUUACUACAUUAUUCAGUUUAAUUUGUUACAAGUAUUUCAAAAAUGUACAGUCUCUGGUUAUUAAAAGACAAUUAUCAAAAAAAAAAAAAAACAUUAAAUAUUUAGAUAAAGGGUUCCAUUUUAUUCUUACCUUUUCCUUUAAAUUUGUUUCAAUGAUAACAGACUAUUUUUUUCUGGAAUAGAGUUACUUCCCCUGUGGUGGUAUUUGUUUCGCUCGACAGUGAAAUCAAAGCAAAGACUGGCAGUGCACUUUUCCCCAAAUGUGAUUUGUGUAUGUAAAAUGUAUUGUAAUAUGUAAUUAUUGUAGUAUAGUUCUUUACAAUAGGGCUUAAACAAAUAUUCCAUAGCUGUAACAGUACCUUCACAGUUGAUGGCACCAUUAUCAUUCCUGAAAUCUGAGAUCAUGAAUUCUAGUACAUUGUACCACAUUGUUAUUUUUUCAAAGAUCUAUUUAUACCAUAUAUGUUGUAUAAAUGUCUUCACAGUGAACCAUGAAUCUAUCGGUUUGUAAAUUAAGUUUACAUAAUACAUGUGAUUUUUAUUGUUUAUAGAGGCACUCAAGACUUUUGCUGAGAUUUACAUAUUCCACGUUAUCAUGUCACAGUGAGGAUUUCACUGUUUUAAGGGUUGACCUUGGUAUGUUGUCCUUCAGUGAAACUAAUUAAAAUUCUCAGGAACUUUAAAA